AUGGAGUAUCUGCCCAACCUUCAGCAGGAGUUUGACGAGCUCAAGCCGUCCCUUUUCGAGCUACUUGCCGAACAACAACUAUCAGAUCUCCUCCCCCCUUCAAUCCGCUACAUCCUCGCCGUCGCGACUCACCGCCACCCACGCUACCUCCUUCGAAUCCUUAACUCUUACGACGAAGUCUACGCCCUCCUCUCGCUAAUAGUCGAACGCUACUACCUCCGCACAUUCGGCGGCUCCUUCACAGAGAACUUCUACUCCCUCAAGCGCGAACGCGUCCUCUUAACCAAGAAUGGCGAGAUUCCACGCGCACAAAUGGGUGCUGCCGCGCCCGUCCGCGAAACGCUCAAGCUGCGCACGUCGGAUGUGUGGAAGAACUUGUUCGUUAUGGUCGGAAUUCCGUAUUUGAAGAGGAAAUUGGAUGAGGGGUACGAUAUUCAUGCCGCGCCGCAGGCGUCGCUGGUUAUGAGUGGCGGGCCGCGAUAUAACCCCAGCGAUGAGUUGCCUCACAACCCGUCUAUUAAGCAGCGGUUGUUUUGUUAUUACAAGUGGUUCUUGAGGAAUGUGUACCCGAGUGUUAACGCAGCGUAUUACUUCUCCGUUAUCGCGUUCAACCUGGCGUACCUCUUCGAUAACACGAAGUACUCGUCGCCGUUCCUCUGGCUCAUUGGGACCCGGAUUCGACGACUGGGAGGGGCGGACCAUCGCGCGAUCGCGAAGACAUUGGAAACCAAGCCAGGAAGCGGUGCGCGCCCAGGAUCUGGCCUCUUGGGCCUGCUAAGCCCGCAGAACCUUUACCCCCAAAUCCUCGCAUCCCUACGCUACUUCCUCCCAGCAUCUAUCUUUGCUCUGAAGUUCCUCGAAUGGUGGCACGCCAGCGACUUCACGCGCCAACUCGCCCGCAAGGCAACAGACGUGAUCGACCUUCCCGCCCCCGUGGUAGAAGGUAUGAUCACCCCAUUCGACAAGAAGAAGAUAAUCGAGCAGAGAAAGAAAGCAGAAGAAGAGAAAGAGAAAGCCGCUGCCGGUGGAAGGGACAUCAAGCCAGCCCUCAAAUCCCCUCGUCCCCGUCAACCACCUAUUUCUGCUUCUUCGUACCUGCCGAUUUUCACUGUCCCUCUGCCUACCGCGGAUUCGGAAAAUGCUGGUACUUGUCCCAUUUGCUUGAGUGAGCUUGCGAAUCCGACUGCAUCCCAGACGGGAUAUGUGUUUUGCUAUGUUUGUGUCUUCCAUUGGCUUAAUGGAGAGCAUCAGCGACAGAUUGAUUUCAUGAAUAAGGAGAGUUCUGGUGCGGCUUGGGAUGAUGAAGAUGCCGAAGAUGAGAAUGCGGAGGCGGAGAAUUCGAAGGGGCAGGAUGGUCGGCAUGGUCAAUGGGAAAGUGGAAGGGGCCGGUGCCCUAUCACUGGUAGGAGAGUGUUGAGUGGAACGGAGGGAUUGAGACGGGUCUUGAUAUGA